GGAAAUUUUGGUCUGCUCAUAAAACAAAAUUAAAGUGAACUGAACGAACUUGACGAAUGAAUGGCCCCAAAUAACGCCAACUUUGUCAUGCAAAUGCAUACUUGCGGGGAUUUCCAACAGGCACAGAGAAAAAAAAUAAAGAAACAAACAAAGUUAACGAGCAAAUGUUAAAAUUGUUGGGGAGUGAAAAAAUUAAAAAAAACAUACGUAGGAAGUGAAUAUAUAAAUAUAUGCAUAUACGAAUGCAAGCAGGAGAGUAGCAGCAAAAAGGGGAAAGUACCGUAACGGACGCGUUUGGUCAAAGUUUCUGAUAAAAGUGAGCAAGGAAACCGCGCAAAAUUAAUAGCCCUUUGGACAAGUGGUGAGAAAAUUCCACAAAUGCAUUCUUCUUUUUUUUUUGGAGACGUCCCUCUGUUCCCUUAAAAGGAGAAGCACUUUUCCAUGAAGACCUCCCAAACGUAGUAGAAAAAAUUGUUUGUUUUGCACAUAAGAGCAACCUUGAAUGUACGUGGAGCGAAUCGGAAGGAGCGAGAAACGCGGCAGUAACGCUGCAGUAACGCGGAAUCAACGCAACAGUAACGGCGGAAGAAAGUAGAAGAAAGCCCAACUGAAUAUAAAUACCACCAAUCGCGCUACACACGGAAAACGAACAAAUAGGAAGCUGUCGGAGGUCGCUGUUCUGAAGAAUUGCGUAGGAAUGGAAAUCACACAUCGGACGACGCCUGCACGCAGAUCGUUUACGCAUAAGUGAUCCAUCACCUACAUGUAAGCAUUUACUAUUUUAUAAACGACAGGGGGAAAAAAUGUUUAGGAAGAGAACCAUAAGUAAUUUAAAACAUCGAAAGAAAACGGAGGAUAUAAAAAAUGAAGAAGAAAAUAGCAGUGCAGAAAAAAAAGCCAAAAGGGAAGAAGACCCAAAUGAUGAAACCUUAGGUGGUAUUAAUGAAAAAGACGGGCAUAUUAAAAAAGGCGAUUUACACGAAAGAAAAGGCAAUAAUGACGAUGAUGAAGACGAUGUGGUGUGCAAAUUUCUGUUCAAGAAAAAAUUAAAAAAGAUGAAUGAGGAAAACAAUAUGCACUUAAAAAGAAAACACAAACUGAUGAUACAAUCAAAGAGUGAAGACGUUAAAGAGCCUAACGUAGCAGAAGAUCGGGUGUACAAAGGAGAUUUCAGCGUUUCGAAAAAUUAUGGCUCGUACGAUAUAGACGAAGACUCGAAGAAUGACUAUAGGGCCAGAAUGGAAAGAAACAUCGAAAUAGGAGAAGAAAUACUAAAGGGGAACUUAAAGGACAAUGUUUAUAGAGGAAAGGACGCUCACGAAAAAGCUCUGAUGAUCAGCAAAGAUAGCUUGGCCAAAAAUAAAUACACAGGAUUGUACGGCCCGGUACGAAAUAGCGGCGCGAAUGUGAGAGUCACUCUGAGGAUUGACUAUGAACCGUGCAUAUGUAAGGACUACAAAGAAACGGGUUAUUGCGGAUUUGGAGACACGUGCAUUUUUUUGCACGACAGAAGUGACUACAAAAGUGGGUGGAAAAUUGAACAGGAGUAUGAGGAAAAGCGAAAGAGAAAUGAAGCUCUCCGAAAGGAAAAAUUAGAAAAGUGGAACGAAAAAAUGUUGCGAAAGUUAAAAGAGAGGGAGGAAGAAUUGGGCGACUGCGAAGAUGGGGGUGAUGGAGAACAUGGGAAAAGUGCGCAAAAGGAAGGGGAAAAUAAUAGAGGGGAAUCCCCCGAGUCGUCCGCUGUUUCUUCCUGCACAGAAAAGGAAAACUCUGACAGCGACUCGAGUGACGGCGAAAAUAAUCUCCCAUUUGCUUGCAUAAAAUGCAAAAAGAAAUGGAAACUCGAAAUGAAUCCAAGUGUCACUGAAUGUUUCCAUUAUUUCUGUGAAAAGUGUUUCAUUGAAAUGUUUCAGAAAAAUAAAAAAUGUUUCAAAUGUGGAUUGCAGUUAAAUGGAAUUAUGAACGUGGCCCAUAACAUUGUCGACAUUCUGAAUAAAAGAAAGUCAGCCAAAUGA